GUGUAUGAGGGAGGGGGCUGGGCUGGGGGAGAGGUUUGGGAGGAUUCCUACAUCACGUGGCUCUUCAGGUUUGGAGAUUUUCUUUGUUUGCGAAAAGCGGAGCGAACAGUACCGGAGUGUGUCCUCAGGAGUUAAUUCUGAAGAUUUUGCAGUGACCGAAUCACAUGAGCAGUGAGCACCAUGAGCUGGAGCUUCCUGACCCGGCUGCUGGAGGAGAUCCACAACCACUCGACCUUCGUGGGGAAGAUCUGGCUGACGGUGCUGAUCGUGUUCCGGAUCGUGCUGACGGCGGUGGGCGGUGAGUCCAUCUACCACGACGAGCAGAGCAAGUUCGUGUGCAACACGCAGCAGCCGGGCUGCGAGAACGUGUGCUAUGAUGCCUUCGCUCCGCUCUCCCACGUCAGGUUCUGGGUCUUUCAGAUCAUUAUGAUCUCGGUGCCGUCCAUCCUGUACCUGGGCUUCGCCGUUCACAAGAUCGCCCGCACAGAGGCCGUGCCCCCCCCGCGCCGGCGCCCCCCCCCCAUCGUGCACCGUGGCCCCGCGCGAGAUUACGAGGAGGCCGAUGGGGACGACGAGGAGGACCCCAUGAUCUGUGAGGAGAUGGAGCCGGAGCCACCGGCCGGGAAGGGGAGGCAGCCGAUGCCGGAGAGGAAGCAGCACGACGGGCGGCAGAGGAUCAAGCAGGACGGGCUGAUGAAGGUUUACGUGGCGUCCCUCAUCGCCCGCACCGGCUUCGAGGUGGGCUUCCUGUUCGGCCAGUACCUGCUGUACGGCUUCGAGGUGAUCCCCGGCUUCGUGUGCAGCACCAAACCUUGUCCACACACCGUGGAUUGCUUCGUGUCGCGGCCCACCGAGAAGACCAUCUUCCUGCUGGUCAUGUACGUGGUGAGCAGCUUGUGUUUGCUCCUCAACCUCCUGGAGCUGCUGCACCUGGGGGUGGGGGGCGUCCGGGACGGGCUGCGUGGCCGGAGACGCCGCGGCCCACCUGCCUCGGCCCCCGCGCACUCCCACGCGCCCCCCGGCUACCACUCCCUCCUCGCCAAGGAGCAGUACCGGCACCGACUGGCCAAUGGGGCCCCCGCAUUCGGCGGCCAACCCUCCGACGACCUCCAACAUCUGCGCCACCACCUGCACCUCGUCCAGCAGCAGCUGGACAUGGCCUUCCGGAACCAUCCGGCCGCAGAGCCGGGCAGCCACUCCCGCAGCGGCAGCCCCGAGUCCAACAGCACAGCCGCCGAGCAGAACCGACUGAACUCGGCUCAGGAGAAAGAGGGGGCGCCGGCUGCGUGCGCAGGGGUGAAGGGAUGAGGGCGAAGUGGAGCCUGAACUCGGUACCACACAAUGACUGGAAGAUUGCAGCAGCUGAUGUGACGAUUCCGGGGUGGGUGGUGGGGGGCAGUUUCAAAGGGUGGGGGGUGGGUUCUAGUUUUUAAUAGGUGCUGAGUGGAGGAGCCGGGUUUAGUACUGGGUCUUUGGUGCUGUUUGGUGGCUGGUGGUUGGGGGGUUCCCUCCCCACACCCCCACCCGUGCCCACCCCGCCUUCUCUCAAGGUUUGUACUUUUGUUGAAUUUAUAGAUGCGUCUUCUUCGUUGUUGUAGCGUUUAGGUCUCAUUUACGAGCGUAGAACAUUCCAGAUCACUUGCUGAUCAGCCUAUUUUUCUAUAUCUAUUUUCGGGGAAUCGGUGGUGUGGAUGAGGAACUGAGGAAAAGUGAGUGACGCUGUGGGGGGGGGGGGGAGGAAUGUGAGUCCUGACAUUUCAGACCAGAGGCUGCUGUCCUCUGAUUCUGACAUCUGGGGUGUGGGGGGGGGCCUGUUUACAGUUCCCGGCCUUGUUGUUUACAGAACCAUGGCCUCCCCCUCGCUCGCUCCCUGUGGGGGUGGAGGGAGAGGGGGGGGUGAACCAGCACAUUUUUAACCUUUGUACUUGGUCUAACUGAAUUUUGUACUUUUUUUUAGAAAAAUAUAAAGAUUCACAAA